CACAUUUGCACAAAUCUACGCAUACAAGUAUGCGGUCUAUCUUUGCCCGACAUCUUUGCUACUUUCCGAUGAUUCACACCUCCAAGCACUUUCGGCAUUCUAACAUUGUUUCCCAUAGGUUUCCGAGUGGCCCCAUACUUGCUUAUUGCUCUUCAUUGACAGACAUCGGCUAGUAUGUGCAGUACAAGGAGGUUAGGCCUGACUGACUUUCAAUCAUCACCAUCCUGACGUGUAUACUUCAUAUUGCCGCGCUACGAUGCGACGUAAAUCAAUUGUACACUGGACACGCUUAAAUACCGCGUCGCACGACCGCACUUCCAUCACGAUGCUCCACCCAUUGAAGUCACAUGAACCCAGAGGCUAUGGUCAUGAGUAAAAGGUUAUAAAUUUAAUCUGCAUGUCCGUAAUGUGCUGGCCCUUUUGUCUCUGCCUUUCAUGACAGCUUCUUCCAAACAUACAGAAGAAAAUUGGCAUCCAUCCAGUCUUGCAUAUAACGCACUCCCGAAUGGCCAGGGCUUUGACUCAUUAAUCUCUGAUGCGAAGUCCACUGCUGGGAAUAUAACCGAUUUCUACGACCGCAGCCUGACGAGUCGCAGAUAUGCUCUUGUUGGAGUGGCAUGCUCAAUUAUCUUCAGUUGCUUAUGCAUCGUUGCAGGCAUUGUCACUUUAGCCCAUCACGGAGUCGGGGGAGUGACCGGGAUAGAUAUGGCCACCGUUGUCAAUCCUGUCACAAUAACUCGGUUGAACUCGCAGAUGAAGGCAAUGGCCCUAAUACUAAACUUAAUCGUCACAUUAUGCACCGAGUCCAUAGGCUUCGUACACGGCAUCUCGUUGCGUUCUGCGCUAGCCUCAGAGUCUCGACUUCGUUUCAACACCAAUCUGCGCCUUCUGACUGCAGCUCGUGGAUGGUUCAAUCCAAAUGGCGCCGUGCUUAAUGGUGUUUCGGCUGUCCUCCUCAUUAUAUCAUACAGCUCAACAUCACUCAUUGUAUGUUUUGACACAAAUGCAAAUAUGAUGACGCAGAUCGUAACCUCGGAGGGUGUUACCAUCAUAGGGUUACCUCUCCUCAUUUUGGGCGUCACACUCCUUCUCCAGGCGGUGAUCGCGUUGUCAGCGAUGCGGGCUGUCAAAAUAUUGACGUGGAGCUCCUCGCCUUUUGACUUGACCGCCGCACUGGUCCACCAUACGCGAUUGACCCCAAUUACCCUCCGGUGCAUGCGUUGUGUGUCUGACCUAGACGCAGAUGGAGGUCCAGCGAAGCCGUCAGAGACACAACCUUCUGCGUGGCAUGCUCACCCCAGCAUCCGAAAAGUUGUCAUUUCUCUAUGGGGGAUCGUCGUAGCAUGCGCUGGAUGGGCCGCACUCGUCAUGUAUAUCUGGCACAAGUACCACGCCGGCACGGGUCCAAUGUCUCCCGUUGCGCUGACCACACAAACGUGGUCGUUCAUCCCCAUGCUUGGGACUUACAGCAUGCAGUCCAAUUACAUCGUGUAUACUAUACCAGGUGUCACUAUUCAGGUGUGGAUUCUGCUCUUUGUCAACAUGGCAGUUGUCCAGGGACCGUUGACACUUGGGCUGCAUUGCUCGGAGCUUAUCGCGAAUGUCAUUCGAGAUGAAAGGCAGUGGAGACGCGCUACUGGAAGGAAAGGACUUAGAACGACGACGAACCCGCUGAACUCGAUUUUCACUCAUCCGAUCUGCCUAGUACUUUUCGCCGCGAAGCCUUUCCUCCACUGGAUGUUUGGGCUUUCGUUCAUGGUAUCUCGCGGCGCCUUGAACGGGGAACUAAUGGGUCUCUCGGUAGGCAUGUUCACUGCCCAGAUCUGGAACUUAUGUAUCGCGCUGGCUGUGUUUGCCUGUUUGUUCACUCUCGUCGCACUGCGCCGACCGCGUGGCCCCCAGCCGGCUGCAUAUGGCCACGUGCAGACCAUCGCGAACCUCGUAGACGAGUGGUCGCCUGUGAUGUGGUGGGGACACAAAGAGGACGAGAUCCCGUAUUGUCAUGCUGGGACGAGUGACCACCCCCUGCCGGAUGUGAAGAUGGAUUGCAUUUAUGCUGGUUCCGGUGUCGGGUCUCUGGCAUCCGUUUCGUGAGAGGUACUUGCUUUGCUUUUUCCAAAAACGUUUUUAAAUGAAUUCUCUAGCAAACAGAGCUAUAUAUCGAUGUACAUAACUAGCUAUGCUGUUGAAUGAGACAUGUGCAAUUUUUAUGCCGUCUGCUGCGUUAUAGGUAGUCAGGGCUGUUCUUCUACCAUUCAUAUCAGGCACAUUUUUUUGGCGGACACACAUU